AGAAAGAGACGUUUCUAGAGCCCUUCGUGCUCCGAGACCUGUUGCCGUCUUCAAUCGGGAGCUACUACCGUUACAUCGGCUCUCUGACCACCCCACCCUGCAGUAAAGUGGUGGAGUGGAUCAUCUUCAGUCGGCCUGUGUUCCUCUCCUACAAACAGCUGGAGGCGUUCUACUCCAUCUUCACCACAGAACAGCAGGACCAUGUUAAAUCCGUGGAAUACCUGCGAAACAACUUCCGCCCACUCCAGAGUCUGGACAACCGAGAGGUCUUCAAAUCCGCAGUCAAAGAUGCUUGGCUGCCUGACUUGACUGACAGCCUGGGGAACCCGUACGGCACCGAGGCGUCCAAAGCGUGCAGCAGUGCCCCGAUCAACAUGAACGUCCAGCACAUGAACAAGACCGCGCUAGUGGUCCGAUGGUCCCGUCCGGAGAUCACCUACGAUCCGCCCAUCAUCAGCUACCUCAUUUCCUACAGCUGGACCAGGAACGACGAGUCAUACGAGGAGACGUAUGUCAAAGGGAGCGAUCAGAAACUGGAGGUUGUCAUCACACCGGUGUCGGCGGAUGUGCUGUACCUGUUCCGCGUCCAGGCCGUGUGUUUGAAUGACAAGCGCAGUGACUUCAGCCAGAGCAUGCUCUUCAGAGCCAACACCACCAGGAUAUUUGAGGGCACGAGAAUAGUCAAAACUGGGAUGCCAACUGUCUCCCCAGCCUCCUCCGCGGACAUGGCUCCCAUCAGCUCCGGUUCCUCCACCUGGACCUCCUCCGGUCUUCCCUUCUCCUUCGUGUCAAUGGCGACUGGGAUCGGCCCCUCUUCCAGCGGGAGCCAGGCGACGGUGGCGUCUGUGGUGACCAGCACCCUCCUGGCGGGUUUGGGCUUCAGUGGAGGGGUCAUCUCCUCCUUCCCCAGUUCAGUCUGGCCCAGCAGACCUCCUCCCUCGAGCCCUGCUCCUGCCUCCACACGCCAGACCCCUGCAGCCGCCGAACAGCCCUCCUCCCCGGCCUCAGACACAGAGAGCCCCGGGGCUGAGGACGGGGCCGAGAAGGGAGGGAAGGGCGAGGAUGAGGACGGAGAAAAGAACGGAGAAGAGGAAGAGGAAGAGGAGGAGGAGAAAGGUGCCGAGAGCAGAGACAGCAGAGUUCCAGACGAUGUGGAAAAGCAAAGGAACAGCUCCGUGACGAAAGACCCGCCCACAGCAACACCAGAUUCCACAGCCAAAGAGAAAGGAGGAAGCAGGAAGGCGGAAAACAGCACAGCGCCAUCUGGUGUCCCGGAGGACGAGGUGGAGAGAGACACACCCAGAGCAGGGGAAGAGGACACGCAGGUGCUGCCGACCAGAGAGCCAGAGAGUGAUGAUAAUGUGACGGCAGUAAUAGAGCCUCCAGACAGCAUGACUCAGACCAGCAAACCCAGCAGAGGAGACCGCAACCACCUGCCGCCUUUCUCUAUUCACACAGAGCGUACCGUGGUCUCCUCCAGCAUGCAGCCUGUGCCUGGUUCGGGAAGGAUGGAGUGGAUCAUCCCUCUGGUGGUGGUGUCGGCGCUCACCUUCCUCUGCCUCGUUCUGCUGCUGGCCGUCCUGGUUUACUGGAGGAGGUGUUUCCAAACGGCUCAUUUCUACGUCGAGGACAGUAACUCACCCAGAGUCGUGCCCAAUGAGAGCAUCCCAGUCAUCCCCAUCCCAGACGAUAUGGAGGCCAUCCCUGUUAAACAGUUUAUCAAGCAUGUAUCAGAACUCUACUCCAACAACCAACACGGCUUCUCAGAAGAUUUUGAGGAAGUGCAGCGCUGCACGGCAGACAUGAAGAUCACAUCAGAACACUCCAAUCAUCCGGACAACAAGCACAAGAACAGAUACAUCAACAUCAUAGCCUACGACCACAGCCGAGUGAAGCUCAGGCCUCUGGCAGGCAAAGACUCCAAACACAGUGACUACAUCAAUGCCAACUAUGUGGAUGGCUACAAUAAACCCAAGGCCUACGUCGCCGCUCAGGGUCCUCUCAAAUCCACGUUUGAAGACUUCUGGCGGAUGGUGUGGGAACAGAACACCGGCAUUAUAGUCAUGAUCACUAACCUGGUGGAGAAAGGCAGAAGAAAAUGCGACCAGUAUUGGCCGACAGAGAACAGUGAGGAAUAUGGUAAUAUUGUGGUGACGCUGAAGAGAACCAAAGUUAUGGCGUGCUACACACUCCGCAUCUUCACUAUCAGAAACACCAAAGUAAAGAAGGGUCAGAAGGGAAACACUAAGGGCCGUCAGAGUGAGAGAACAGUCCUGCAGUAUCACUACACUCAGUGGCCGGAUAUGGGUGUCCCCGAGUACACGUUACCUGUGCUCACCUUCGUCAGGAGGUCCUCUGCCGCACAGACUCCAGAGAUGGGCCCCAUGCUGGUACACUGCAGCGCUGGUGUGGGCAGGACAGGAACUUACAUUGUGAUUGACAGCAUGCUACAACAGCUGAAGGAUAAAGGCUCAGUCAAUGUGCUGGGUUUCCUCAAACAUAUACGAACUCAGAGAAACUACCUGGUCCAAACGGAGGAGCAGUAUAUUUUCAUCCACGAUGCCUUGAUGGAAGCCAUUCUUGGUAAGGAAACCGAGGUGCCCUCCGGUCAGCUGCACAGUUACGUCAACAGCAUCCUGACGCCGGGGCCAGGGGCCAAAACACGACUAGAGAAGCAGUUCAAGUUGGUGACUCAGUGCAAUGCAAGAUUUGUGGAGUGCUUCAGUGCUCAGAAAGAAUGCAACAAAGAGAAGAACCGCAACUCUUCUGUUGUCCCCUCGGAACGAGCACGAGUUGGUCUCGCACCGUUGCCUGGAAUGAAAGGCACUGAUUACAUCAAUGCGUCUUAUAUAAUGGGCUACUGCCGGAGCAAUGAGUUCAUCAUUACCCAGCAUCCCUUGCCUCACACCACUAAAGACUUCUGGAGGAUGAUCUGGGACCACAACGCUCAAAUCAUCGUCAUGUUACCAGACAACCAGGGCCUGGCGGAGGAUGAGUUUGUGUAUUGGCCGAGUCGAGAGGAAGCCAUGAACUGCGAGGCGUUUACAGUCACGCUUAUCAGUAAAGACAGACUCUGUCUCUCCAAUGAAGAGCAAAUCAUCAUUCAUGACUUCAUCCUGGAGGCCACACAGGAUGAUUAUGUUUUAGAAGUUCGUCAUUUUCAGUGCCCCAAAUGGCCAAACCCUGACGCUCCCAUUAGCAGCACCUUUGAGCUCAUCAACGUCAUCAAAGAAGAGGCCAUGACCAGAGAUGGACCCACUAUAGUGCAUGAUGAGUUUGGUGCAGUGUCUGCUGGGAUGUUAUGUGCUCUCACCACACUGUCACAGCAGCUGGAGAGUGAAGGAGCGGUGGGCGUCUAUCAGGUGGCCAAGAUGAUCAACCUCAUGAGACCAGGGGUCUUUACCGACAUUGAACAGUACCAGUACCUUUACAAAGCUAUGCUCAGCCUGAUAAGCACGAAAGAGAACGGAUCCAGCCCCAUGUCCCUGGACAGGAACGGCAGUAUGGCCAUGUCUGACGAAUCGGACCCGGCUGAAAGCAUGGAGUCCCUCGUCUGAAGCCCCCGAAGAGGCACUUAAUCUAACUUUGUAAAACUUCAAGGACUAAGACAGACUUUUUCUGAGGCCUUUUUUGCCAGAACUCUUGGUUAAAAGAAUAACCUGAUUACUUUUUUACACUGAUAAAAAGUUUUUGAUAUUUA